AUGGAUCAAGCCUUGCCCUUGACCCUGCAAGCUGUUCCGUUUGCAGCCCAGCACUAUGAUAAGGUCUGGGAUCCCAUCCAUCAUCGGUACAAGAAGGCCCGCGGAAGAGUGCCCAGAGAUGACCCUAGUGUCUGGGAAAUGCGCACCCCCGAAGAGAAAGGACUGGUUCUGCGCCGGCGGCGGGACGUGGGUUCGGACGAAGAGAUCGUGGAAGUUGUGAGACAUCGAGGAGAUAUUCUACCGAGGCGCCCAGGUCGACCAAGACGGAGAGCCAGCUCCAUGGACAAUGCUAGAGCUGCAGCUGCAGGCGCCGCAGUCGGUGCUGGAGCUUCCGCCAUGGUGCCCUACAAGGAUCGUCGAAAUGGUCGUCGAGACUCGCGGGAUGAUUACUACGAUUCUGAAGGCUCCGUCCCUCCUCGAUCUCGUGUCCGACCCAAGUCAACCUCAGGACGGUCCCGCCGACGACGGGGAUCCUCAAGUUCCUCCUCAUCCUCCGAAAGUCUCUUGUCGUCCACUGAGGAGGAAAAGAAUUGUCGUAAACUGCAGCGCAAGAAAUGGAUUACCGCCGCCCUAGCAAGUGUUGCGACCAUCCAUGCGGCUUCGAAGGUGUACUCUUCGAUUGAAGCACAUGACAAACGGAUAGCCAAAGUCCGCGAAGGCCAGCUAUCGCCAGAAGACGCCCACAAACAGCAGCGCGCUGCCCGGUGGCAAGAUGCUGCUGCCAUCGGCAUUGCUGCAUUGGGGAUCAAAGGUGCUGUCAGUGAGUGGAACGAGGUCACUGCAGAGCACAGCGAACACCAGAAGAUGCUUUUAGAGAGGGAAGAGCACCAUAAAAAGCGGCUGGAGCGUGAGCGCCGUAGACGAGCCAGAGAAAAAGGCGGCUACUACAAAGGUCGAGAUGGGCAGUGGUACUACGAUGGACCUGUUCCACAGAGCAGUGAGAGUCAUCGAAGUAGUGGUGGUGGCGGUGCGGCAGGGUAUUACGACGACUCCAAUCUCAUUAAGGACUCUGAUCGUCGGCAAAAAAUGAUCCGCGACGACGUUGCUUAUAGCGAAGACUACCGAUCACGAUCUCGUGCGACUCCAAGCCCCCCUCGACAUAGAAAGCUGGAAAAAACCCGCACAACAGUUGGCAAUUUUGGUCUUGAUGCUUUGGGUGAUGUGAUGGAAAAGAUCUAG